AUGUUUCGAACACUUCGUAAUCAUUGGAAAAAAUCUUUAUUUGCAUUUUGUGCUUUAUCUUAUGGUACUAAAUGGUCGUAUGAUCGUUAUCAAGCAAAUCAAAUUCGUCAAUUUUAUUGUCAACAAGCAUCUUUAUUAGGUUCUCAAACAUUUCCAUCAAUGACUCGAGUUACUCGUAUUGCUGUUUUACUUAAUGCCAAAGCUAAUAAUGGUAAAGCAAAAUCAAUUUAUGAUAAAACAAUAUUUCCAUUAUUACAUUUAAUUGGUCUUGAUGUACGUGUUUAUCGUUUGGAUACAAUAACAGAUUCAGAUGGUUUAAAAGAAUUAUUAACAAAUAAAAUAGAACCAAAUGAAUUAAGUGCAUUAAUGAUUGUUGGUGGUGAUGGAACAUUAAGUGAAUUAACACCUUAUUUUCUUCAAUCAAAUAUUUUACAAAAUUUACCUAUUUGUCUUAUACCAAUAGGUGAAUAUGUAUCAUUUGCACGUAGUUUAUUUCCAAUAACAGAUAAAAAAAAACUUCAUGAUGAUAUUGCUUUACUUUGUGAAUCAGUUUUUGCUUUAUUUAAUGGAAAAAUUGUUCGAAAACCUUUAUUAAAAAUUACAAUGUCAAAUAAUAAUGAAAAACCAAUUUAUGCAAGUACAUUUGAUUUGGGUCAUUAUACACGUCUUGAACAACUUCAAAAACGUUUAUGGUAUUUCAGUUAUUUAAAAUAUCCUAUAUCGUCAAUAUAUCUUUCAAUAAGAGAUUCAUUAAAUUCAAUAUUAUCAUCUGAACAAUCAUCAAUUAUUUAUUCAAAUCCAUGUUCUGGUUGUUUAAGGUGUCAACCAUUAUUGUUAGAUCAAUAUCGUUUAUCACAACAAGAAAAAAAAUCAAGUUAUUUUUCUCGUAUCUAUCAAUCAAAUCGUACAAAUAUAAAACCAGUUAUUCCUCAAUUAAAAGAACCAAUUGAAAAUUCUAAUUGUGGUAUUGAAUAUUGUAUGAAUUUAGAUAAACAACCAAUACAAUUAUGGACAAAAUUAAUUAAUGAUGAACAUAGUUUUCAAAUUGAUAUAAGUGAUAAAUUAGAACGUUUUAAUUAUGAUAAAGAAAAAUAUCCAAAACAAUCAAUGAAUGUUCAACAUGUUCGAUUUUAUCCAAAUAUAAAGUUAUUUAAUAGACAUAUGUUAAUUAAUCAUGAAAAAUUUGAUAAAAAGAAAGAUAAAGAAGAAGAAGAAGAAGAAAAUCAAUUAAUUGAAUAUCGAAUUGAAUUAAGUGAAAAAACAUUAAAAUUUAUUGAAAUAAAUCAGGAUUUAUUAUUAACAAAACAAUUAACAUUAAAACCAACAUUUAAUAAACUUGAGGAAGAUGCUCUAGAAAAAAAGGAUAUUUUUCUAUUUUCUCGUCGUCAUCAACAAAAGCAGUCAUCAUAA